ACCUCAGGUGGUGGAUGCCGUGACCUCGUCCCAGACGCCCGCCUCCCUGGACGCCAUGCUGCAGUUCCUCAACUUUGCCGACCCCAAAGGCCUGGUUCUGCAGGAAAGGUUCCUGUACGCCUGCGGCUUCGCCUCGCACCCCAACGAAAGAAUGCUCCAGGCUUUGGUGGACAUUUCAAAGGGCAAGAUUGUCAGUAAUGACAUCAAAGAGUCGGUGGUGAUCAUCAUGGGUGCCCUUGUGCACAAGCUCUGUCAGAAAGGAGGUUGUGAGCUACCAACUGUGGUUGAGGUGAAGAAAAUGAUUCUGGAAGGACCCGACAGUACGCAGGUGGAGUCAGACGUUCAGAUGUACCUGCUAGCGCUGAAGAACUCCCUGCUGCCCGAGGCCAUURCCCUGUUUUCCAAAUAUGCUGAGUCGGAGGUCGGAGCCUACUGCACCAUCUCUCUCACAGCCCUGCAGAGAUACGAUGUCGCCCUCAUCACAGACGAGGUGAAGCAGACGGUAAACCGAGUGUACCACCAGAACCGCCGGGUCUAUGAGAAGAAUGUGAGGGCAGCAGCUGCGGAUGUGGUCUUCAGCAGCAACCCCUCUUACAUGGAGGUGAAGAACAUGCUCCUGUCCAUCGGAAACCUGCCCAGAGAGUUGAACAAGUACAUGCUUUCCAAGGUCAAUGACAUCCUCCACUUUGAAAUGCCUGCCAGCAAAAUUCUACGGCAAGCCAUGAAGGACAUGAUCUCCCACAACUAUGACCGCUUCUCCAAGGUUGGGUCAUCCUCUGCUUUCUCUGGCUUCAUGGCACGUACCGCUGAUGCCACUACCASCUACAGUCUGGACAUUCUGUACUCUGGCUCGGGGGUCCUCAGGAGGAGCAACAUGAACAUCUACGGAGCCAGUAACGGCGCCAUGCUACAUGGCCUCCAGGUGGCGAUUGAGGCGCAAGGCAUGGAGUCCCUGAUUGCGGCCAAGCCGGACGAAGGCGAGGAGGACCUGGAGUCCUUCGCUGGGAUGUCGGCCCUACUCUUCGACGUCCAGCUGCGGCCUGUGACCUUCUUCAAGGGUUACAGUGACCUCAUGUCCAAAAUGUUCUCCAUGUCCGGCGAGCCCAUGAACGUGGUAAAGGGCCUGAUCCUGCUCACUGACCACUCCCAGGUCAUCCAGCUUCAGUCUGGGCUGAAGGCCAACGCCGAGUUCCAGGGUGGUUUGGCCAUCGACAUCUCAGGAGGCAUGGAGGUCAGCCUGUGGUACAGGGAGUCAAAGACCAGCGUCAACAACAAGGGAGCCAUGGUGGUGACCGGGAAUGUGACCGUGGACAUGGACUUUGUGCGCACUGGGAUGGAAGUGAGCUUUGAGACAGAGGCGUCUCUAGACUUUAUCACCACGGUCCAGUUCUCGGAGUACCCCUUCCUGGUGUGCAUGCAGAUGGACAAGACCACCUUCCCCUUCAGUGAGUCCCUAACAAAAUACGAGAGCCUGCCAUCAGGGAAGAGCUACGUGUCGCGCAGGGGCUACAAGCAGCUGUUGCCUGGCUCGGAGUUCCCUCUCCACCAGGAGAAUUCCAACAUGUGCAAGAGGGUGUUUGACUCAGACUGGUAGUCUUCUCCGUGUUAAUCCAUCGGUAAGAAGAUGGAAGAUCUUUUGCAGAGUGUAGAGUUAUGGGCCAACAACCCUAUUUUGUUAUUACGUCAUAGUGUAAACAGUGUGUUGUAUGAGGUGGAUAAAUGGAUGCUAGCUAGCUAAGAUAUGACCAUUUGUAAAAUGGCAAAAGUGAACUGUCUUGUGCCUUUUUUGUUGAUCUGAUUGGAAAUUGCGUACAUUUAUUUAAUCGCUUACAUCAGAGUUCUGUUUACUGCAAAAUCGCUAACUAGCGACUAACUUGCUAGCUGUUUACUACUAUUUAUCUCCCUUUCGAUCUCCACAACACAAUGCAUUAUUUACAGUGUGACAAUAGUGUAAUAGGGUUAUUCUUCCAAUGAGUCCUACUUGACAUUCUGGCUGAAGAGUUAUUUAUUAUUAUUUAAAAAAAUGUUAAAGCUUUCCAGGAACACCUACUGUAUCACACCACAUGCAUGUUUACAUUCUUAAUUCAACGUUUUAUUUCAAAUCAGACAUUUCUGUGAUGCCUUUUUAUGAAUUUGUAUAUCUAUUUAUAUGGGUAUAUGAGUGUCAUAUACAUUAUGUGCUAUAUACUCAAUAUAGCUAAGUGAUACAACAUAAUAGUCACCUAUGUAAAUAUGGUACAUAGCAUUGGGUGAGCUGAUGCUAUGGUUGAAUUUACUGGCAAUUACAUAAAUGCUCACAUUACACAGUUUCUAGAUUGUUUGUUUAAUUGAAGACAUUAAUGUGGUUUCCAAGGCUACAAAGGUUGAAUUACAGUAAAGUCAUUGCGUAACAAUGUAAAAUAAUGUUUACAGUACUUGAUUCACUCUGUAGCUAGCUUGAAGGAGCUGUUACAUGAGACCAGAUAACGCAGGGUUAAUUUAUUGAAUUAAUUUCUAUGAUUUUAACUUCUGGAUGUUAAACAUGUAUAUCAAUAGGAAACUGUCUGAUUAAUUUAUUUACAUAUUUGUAAUUGAGCCUAUUUAGAUAAUUGUGUCCCGUAUGAAAUGUGACUUGAUAUUAAAAUUAUUACAUUAAGCCUUUGAUAUAUUUUUUUGUACCAUAGUUUGAGAUCAGUUUGUUAGGGUUUGUACUUGACCAACAACAAAGAGUGCACUGGAACCACUAUGCCCCAUUGGCUUGUAAGUGUAUAAGGAAAUUGUACAUACAGUAUGCAGUGCUUUUCUGGCAUUACACUAGUGUGCAUGUGUAAGAUUAUUUUCAAUAAAGCUAUGAAAACCAGAA